ACUGUAAAAUGCAUAGAAAUGGUACCUAGUUCGCCUAGAUAGUCGCUGCUUGAAGUGAAUGGUGGUGUUGGAUGCCGAUCCCGAUGAUUGAUGCAAUCAUUGCAAUGGUCGAUCUCAUGUCUCUGCCCUUUGGCAUGUGGGAAGUGGAGCCGUAGAUCCGAUCCGAUGCCGGGUCAAACCGGCACUUAGCGGCGGUUUGUGGAGGAUUUCGACAUCACCGCCCUGUUGGGCCUUUGCAUGUUCUGCUACCUAGUGGUGGCCAAUGAUUGGACUUUUGCUGACCUGCGCCGUACCUUGCUGGAGGUUCGGAUUCUCUCUGCCAGCAUCGGAUUGGUCUGGCUCGCAAAUGGCAGUCAGCAACGAAGGAUGGGCCAAUGGCUCGGUACCUACCUUGGGUCAUCGAGUGAGACAUCCCUCAAUAACUGGGGUUGCAUCUGCAAGGAACAGGAGACUAUUAGUAGUACAUACACCAAAUUGAAUGACAGACUGGUAUUUGGGAUGUUCGACUGUUCGCCCACAAGGAGUCAAGGGCCAAGGCAAGUUGGUUGUAACGUUAGUGAGGAGUUCAACGUCUGCUCGGUUGCGAGAAGCUGCCAGCUGCAAGCGAGUUGUCCACGCAAUCCAGCGGCUCUUUCCCCGCAAUCAUAUCUCGAUCAAGAGAGAGUCCAACUCGUCGCAGCAUGGUUCCUUCCCAGAUGCUGACAUCAGACAAAAGAAGACAGGCAAUGCCUUACAAAGUUUCCGUAAAAUAUCAAUCAGCUAAUGGAGCCCGAAUAGAUGCACGGAGUAGAAACAUUCUUUUCC